CUUGAACAAUCGCGUCUCCUCUUCCCAGAUUUUCCGUUUUCGCGCGCGACCCGAGCGCUAAUUAGGGAGAACUUGCCGCAGAGACAGAAACGCCGUAAUCGCUUCGCCCAAGUACUCGCUGAAAACCUGGAAGAUCGAGGAAGCGAAAGAUCGAGGAGACUGAAAAGAAUUGCGCAGCACACGGAACGAAAAUUUACGGCGACGACGCGCCGCUAUACAUCACGAGCGCGGCGUAACGCAUUUUUAACGUUCGCGCACACAUGCGACCCCCAUUCCCGCAGCAUACUCGAUUCGCCGCUUUCCGACUUGAAAAACGUUCCGUUUCUGGUACGCGCGGGACGCCGAGCCGACCGUUCGAUUCCGUCGCGCGUUUCGCGCGCGUUAUUUAUGCGCGCGGAAACUUAAUGUUCGCCCGUUCGAUUAGGGGUGGUGGCGCGGGAACGGGGCGGCAGAGAAACCUGCGUGCUUCCGAUCGGUUUGCAUUCAACACGGAAAAAGGAAAGGACACGAAAAACAGAGCAAGUGGGGGCGGUAGAGACGCUCGGGGAACCGGGAAGAACAACGGGGGAAGGGAUUAAAGAGGGGAUGAAAGGCAGGGGUUGAUUUUUUCUGGCCAGCGGAGAGUGCGCCGGAGAGAACCACGUGGCGGAUAUAAGAAGAGCGACGCGUAUCGUUACCCGUCCAUUGUACACCUUAUUUCGGUGGGGCUCGUGCUUCAGGUACGUUGUUACGACGCGCGCGUCACACUGGUACAAGGAGCGAAACGUCUCUUCAGCAACGAACAGCCGUGGAAGAUCGGCUGCGUCCAGGCGGAGCGGUCUCGGUUGAAUUUCGACGUCGAAGCGAGAUUCGAGAGCGAAUGCGAAACGAUGCGGACCUUUCUACCGAUCGUUUGGCUUCUGGCGCGCGUAGUCCUCGGAACCGUGGAAAUCGAGAAUAAUUUCUCGGACGUGGCACGCUCGCGAACCGAACGGGACGACAGGCUCGAGAAUGAGACCGAAAAGUUCGGACCAACGACGAACGAUUUGUACAGAGACUCGAGCGGCGAUUCGUUCGCGAUGGAGGCCGACCAAAAAGAGGCCGAUCCUGGCGGAGUUAUAAAAGACGAAUCCAACGCCAAGCUGGCCGAUUUUUUGAAAAUCAUCAUAAAGAGGGGACAAGACUCCGCGGAAUCUUUGCUCGACCAAAACGAAAAGAGCUCCGCGCAAGAAAAGAAGAAUCCCUGGGCGUUUUGGUGGGGUGGCAAAAGGAUAAAUACGAGCGGUCAAAAUUCGGGCAUACGUCGACCGAUUCGGGUGCCGUUCGACAGUUGGGGAGGAAAACGCGGAAGGCCGCCGUUCAACAAUUGGGGCGGUAAACGCGGAAGGCUGGAGUUCAAGGAUUGGGGCGGUAAACGCGGAAAGGUGGCGUUCGGGGGUUGGGGCGGCAAACGCGGAAGGGAGACGAAUUCUGAAUUCAACCAGAUCGACUCGACCAUCGUCGAACCCGACGAGUUCACCGACAAUCUUAAGAGGGCGGAGAACGACUGGUGGUGUCAGCAACCUCCGUACUACAGUUACGAUGGAAAGAGGAGAAAAGCGUGUUUCUACAAUUGGGGUGGAAAGAGGUCUCAGAGCGGGAACGAUCGAGAAUCGGGCGAGGACGGCGAUCAAGACGAUCGAGAGAACUCGCCGCGCAUUCACCAUAUGCUCGGAGUCAUGGCAGACGAAUUUCCCAAGGAAGACAAGACAGGGCGAUUCCAGAUCGGACAGAGCACCAUACGAGGCGAGAUCGAGAUGGCCGCGGUCGACGACGGAUCCGAUGGAAAACGUAACAACGUUGCUUACCGAAUUCCGACGGAGAACAUCGACAACUGGUUCGCGCAAAUGUACAGAUUACUGGCAAACAGAAAAGCUCAACGUGGACACACCAAGGCUGUAUCGUUUCUACCCUGGUACGGUAAAAGAACUGACAGUGAUUUCUCUCCGUGGGGUGGAUAAAUGUCCUUCGAAACAUCGCUUACUUAGUACAAUUGUUACACCAGUUUUACUUGUUGCUCGAAAUGCGUUCCAGUUUGCUUAUAAAUUCUGCUUCGAUGCGCCACAUGUUGCACCGGUGCGUAGACGUUAAAACACGAUACUCUUAUUGUUCGCUCUAUUCGACUGCGUAACAGUACAUAAUUUGGUGGGAUGCACACGCGAUCUUUCGAAACGAUUCCUUUCACUUUUCGAUUCACUUCCGUUGCCGUUUAACCGUCGCGCAAGCAUCGAGACGAAUUUAAAAUGUGCGUCGCGGGCCGCGGUCGAGGACGCGCAUGCCCAAUGGCCGCGCGAUCACGUGACGCAAUAUGGCGUUCGAGUACGAUUCCCGCCAAUAACCGUGGCACGAAUCAACUCUCGAACUCGUUCGUUGCUGUUGUAAAAUCGUCUAGGUUUGCGCACGAUGAGAGAAAUUAUAAACAAUUAGCAUGAACAAAGCAGUGUUGAUCGGGUUAUGUAAAAAAGCCGCGUGCAUCCGAUCAACAAGUGGAACUAUAUACAUACAUACAAACAUACAUACAUACUACGAAACCAAUUUCGAUGUGUGCUUGGUCUCUCAAAUAUAUUUCGGUGAACAAUUUUUCCCCAUUAAAUAAUCAAA